ACAGGAGAAGGGGGAAUGGCUUCAGGCUGACGCCGGGAUUUUGGGACUAAAUCGAGAUUUUUUGGGAAUAAAUCGAGAUUUUUUUGGGAAUAAAUCCUUCCCUGCGAUGGCAUUCCCAGAGAAUCCGUGGCUGCUCCAUCCCUGGAAGCAGGUUGGAAAAACCUGGCGUUGUGGAAAAUGUCGCUGCCCAUGGACUGCGGUGAAUUUUGAUGUGGGCGCUGAGCAGCUCCUCACUGCCACGAUGAGCCAAGGCCCGGGAGCUGGGAAUUCCUGCAGGACCCCCCUGGGCCAGGCCAGCCAGGUGGUUCCCAAGCUGCCCCUGCUGAGGAUCCUGCGGGCUGCGGGGGCCCAGGGCGACUCCUUCACGCUCAAGGAGGUGAUGCAUUUCCUGGGCCAGUACAUCAUGGGCCGGCAGCUCUACGACCGGCGGCAGCAGCACCUGGUGCACUGCGGCGGGGACCCGCUGGGGGCGCUGCUGGGCCUGCGCAGCUUCUCCCUCAAGGACCCCAGCCCCGUGUACGAGAUGCUGAAGCGGAACCUGAGCCCUGCUGCUCUCCCAGAUGCUGCACAGACUCUCCCAAAGGAGCAGAGCGUCGCUAAGCCCAGCCCAGACCAGCUGCAGCUCAGCCAGGAGGAAGGAUCUGACUCUGGCAUCCUGGAGAGUGACAGCAAAAGCUCAGCUCCAGCUACCUCAGAGCCCAAAUGUGACACUUGUGAAGACAGUGAUUUGAUAGAAAACCUCUCCAAAAGCAAAAAGCCCAAGCUGGACCUGGUUUUUGAGGAAUGGGAUGUGGCCGGGCUGCCGUGGUGGUUUUUAGGGAAUCUCAGAAGCAAUUACAAAUCCCGGAGUAACGGAUCCACGGACAUUCAGACUAACCAGGACAUUGACACUGCCAUUGUUUCAGACACCACUGAUGACUUGUGGUUCCUCAACGAGUGUCCCCUGGACCAGGGCACUGCUGGGCUCAAGGUGGAAGUGCUGGACUGUGAGGAGGUCAAAGAAGGUGACACCAAGGAGGAUGUGUGCUUGGAUGAGCUGGAGGAUUCCCAGUGCCUGAGUGAUGACACGGACACAGAGGCUGCUUCUGAGGAUUGCUGGCAAUGCUCCAAGUGCAGGAAAUUCAACUCUCCGGGGAAAAGGUACUGCUUCCGCUGCUGGGCCCUGCGCAAGGACUGGUACCGGGACUGCCCCAAACUGCCCCAUUCCCUGUCCCUUUCCAACAUCAAUUCCAUGGAAAACCAGGAGCAGGAUGAAGGGAUGGACGUCCCAGACUGCAGGAGGACGAUCUCAGCCCCGGCUGGCCAACCCAAACACCUUUUCCUGGCAGAAAGCAAACCCCGUGCAGAUCCCGGCGGCUCCAUCGAGUCCUUGGAUUUGGCGCGGGACGGGAAAAAUCGGGAUUUUGCCAAGCUGAAGAAAGAGGAGGAGGUGGAAUCUCUGGAGAGCAUCAAAACUCUGCUGAAUCCCUGCUUCCUGUGCCAGCACAGGCCUCGGGAUGGGAAUAUUGUCCACGGAAGGACUGCUCACCUGGUGGCCUGUUUCAGGUGUGCCAGGAUGCUGAAGAAGAAGAGAUCGCCGUGUCCCGUAUGCAGGAAGGAGAUCAAGAUGGUCAUCAGGAUCUUCAUGGGGUAGGGAGACUUCCUGCCCCUAAAGUGACCCCAAAAUCUGGCUUUUUGCACUCAAACCCCCAUUGUGGUGCGUGCAGGAAGGAGAUCAAGAUGGUCAUCAGGAUCUUCACAAAAUAACCCCAAAAUCUGGAUUUUUGCACUCAAACCCCCAUUGCGGUGUGUGCAGGAAGGAGAUCAAGGUGACCAUCAGGAUCUUCAUAAAAUAACCCCAAAAUCUGACUUUUUGCACUCAAACCCCCAUUGCGGUGUGUGCAGGAAGGAGAUCAAGAUGGUCAUCAGGAUCUCCAUGGGGUAGGGAGACUUCCUGCCCCUAAAGUAACCCCAAAAUCUGGAUUUUUGCACUCAAACCCCCAUUGCGGUGUGUGCAGGAAGGAGAUCAAGGUGACCAUCAGGAUCUUCAUAAAAUAACCCCAAAAUCUGGCUUUUUGCACUCAAACCCCCAUUGCGGUGUGUGCAGGAAGGAGAUCAAGAUGGUCAUCAGGAUCUUCACAAAAUAACCCCAAAAUCUGGAUUUUUGCACUCAAACCCCCAUUGUGGUGUGUGCAGGAAGGAGAUCAAGAUGGUCAUCAGGAUCUUCAUAAAAUAACCCCAAAAUCUGGAUUUUUGCACUCAAACCCCCAUUGCGGUGCGUGCAGGAAGGAGAUCAAGAUGGUCAUCAGGAUCUUCAUAAAAUAACCCCAGAAAGAUGAUUUUUGCACACAGAUCCCAAUUUCAGUGUGUGCAGGAAGGAGAUCAGGAUGGCCAUCGGGAUCUUCAUGGUGUAGCAGGAUCUUCUGACCCUAAAAUAAUUCCAAGAAGGGGUGUUUUGCACUCAAAUCCCAAUUUCAGUGUGUGCAGGAAGGAGAUCAGGAUGGCCAUCGGGAUCUUCAUGGACCUACUACUAAAAUAACCCCAAAACCAGAUUUUUUUGCACGAAACCCCCAAUUGCAGAGCUCGGUCUGCAGGAUCAAGAUGGUCAUCGGGAUCUUUAUGGGAUAGCAGGGCCUUCUGCUCCUAAAAUAACCCCAAAAUGAAGAUUUUUGCACUCAAACCCCAAUAGCAAAGCUCAGCCAGUGAAACCAAAGAAGACAAAGAUUUAAUCCCACCAAGAAUCCUCUGCAGGAUCUGCUUUUCCAUGGAAAUCACCUCAAGAUCAUAAACCCCAACUUGGAAAUUUUCCCAAUUUCCCAUCUUCAGCCUGAUUUUAUCCCUUGGGAUUCUUUCUCCUGACCCAGAACAGCAGAUAUGGGAAAAAUUGAAACCUUUGGAAUGUUUUUUUUUUUUUUUUUCCCAUAAAUCCCGACUUGUGCAAUUCCUCUGGAGCCGAGAGAUAUAAAACAGAAAUAAAUAUUUAUGGUGGGAGGGCAGGGGAUUUGUUUUGGAGAGAAGAAAAAUAACUUUAUUCCUAAGUGUUUUAUUGUUUAAGGUUGGCAGGGUGAAGAAUUCCUUGCUCCCAGAUGGGAAAUAAAUCCAAGUUUUUAAUCCACACCUCUCAGGUCACAAAUGAGAUGGAAAAAUAAUAAUGAUGUUAUAUUUUU